AUGUCCGGUGUGUCCGGUGUGUCCGGUAUGUCCGAUGUAUCCGGUGUGUUCGGUGUGUCCGGUGUGUCCGGUGUGUCCGGUGUGUUCGGUGUGUCCGAUGUGUCCAGUGUGUUCGGUGUGUCCGGUGUGUUCGGUGUGUUCGGUGUGUCCGGUGUGUCCAGUGUGUUCGGUAUGUCCGGUGUGUCCGGUGUGUCCGGUAUGUCCGAUGUAUCCGGUGUGUUCGGUGUGUCCGGUGUGUCCGGUGUGUCCGGUGUGUUCGGUGUGUCCGAUGUGUCCGGUGUGUUCGGUGUGUCCGGUGUGUUCGGUGUGUCCGGUGUGUCCAGUGUGUUCGGUGUGUCCGGUGUGUCCGGUAUGUCCGAUGUAUCCGGUGUGUUCGGUGUGUCCGGUGUGUCCAGUGUGUUCGGUAUGUCCGGUGUGUCCGGUGUGUCCGGUAUGUCCGAUGUAUCCGGUGUGUUCGGUGUGUCCGGUGUGUCCGGUGUGUCCAGUGUGUUCGGUGUGUCCGAUGUGUCCGGUGUGUUCGGUGUGUCCGGUGUGUUCGGUGUGUCCGGUGUGUCCAGUGUGUUCGGUGUGUCCGGUGUGUCCGGUAUGUCCGAUGUAUCCGGUGUGUUCGGUGUGUCCGGUGUGUCCGAUGUGUCCGGUGUGUUCGGUGUGUCCGGUGUGUUCGGUGUGUCCGGUGUGUUCAAUGUGUCCGAUGUUUCCGGUAUGUUCGAUGUGUCUGGUGUGUUCAGUGCGUCCGAUGUGUCUGGUGUGUUCGGUGUUUCCGAUGUGUCCGGUGUGUUCGGUGCGUCCGAUUUGUCCGGUGUGUUCGGUGUUUCCGAUGUGUCCGGUGUGUUCGGUGUGUCCGGUGUGUUCGGUGUGUUCGGUGUGUCCGGUGUGUCCGAUGUGUUCGGUGUGUCCGAUGUGUUCGGUGUGUUCAAUGUGUCCGAUGUGUCCGGUGUGUUCGAUGUGUCCGGUGUGUUUAGUGCGUCCGAUGUGUCCGGUGUGUUCGGUGUUUCCGAUGUGUCUGGUGUGUUCGGUGUGUCCGGUGUGUUCGGUGUAUCCGGUGUGUCCGGUGUGUCCGAUGUGUCCGGUGUGUCCGAUGUGUUCGCUGUGUUCAAUGUGUCCGAUGUGUCCGGUGUGUUCGGUGUGCCCGGUUUGCCCGGUGUAUCCGGUGUGUCCGGUGUGUUCGAUAUGUUCUGUGUGUUCGGUGUGUCCGGUGUGUCCGAUGUGUCCGAUGUGUCCGAUGUGUCCGGUGUGUCCGGUGUGUUCAGUGUGUUCGAUAUGUUCUGUGUGUUCGGUGUGUCCGGUGUGUCCGAUGUGUCCGAUGUGUCCGAUGUGUCCGGUGUAUCCGGUGUGUCCGGUGUGUUCGAUAUGUUCUGUGUGUUCGGUGUGUCCGGUGUGUCCGAUGUGUCCGAUGUGUCCGGUGUGUCCGGUGUGUCCGAUGUGUCCGGUGUGUUCGGUGUGUCCGACGUGUCCGGUGUGUCCUGUGUGUCCGGUGUGUUCGGUGUGUCCGGUGUGUUCGGUGUGUCCGGUGUGUUCGCAUUGUAA